CCGCGGGGCGCGAGGGCGAGUCAACAAAAAUAUAAACAUAACUAACACUAAUGACAACUUGUUACACGCACGCAGCCACACACUUUCACCACUCAGCUACUCAGCCCGAGUUGAUUCAUCUGACAAUUUGUCAGAGGCAACGAGACGAUGGCUGGCUGUAUGGUGUUAGUGUCAUUCCUGGGUCCCAUAAACAGAUAUCACGACAUUAUAUAAUUAGAGGAUCAAUCCGUCAACAUUUCAAUAUUGUGUCAGAAAAUAUUUAUACAUUGGCAGCCUAUAUUCAGUAACUACGCGUAAUUUAACGAUGAGAGAAUUUUGAGUGUUGAAUAGUCAAGUUUGCUCUGAGAAAGAAAACAAAAAGAAAAUGUCUACGUCAAAAGUAAGCAGGCCGAGCAUGCAAGAGAUUCACGAGCUGGCGCGUCUGCUUAGAAAAAAUGGGGACCAAGUGCUAAAUGGCUCCUCCAAACUAUCCCUCACCACAGAACUCCUGCAUAACCUCAACGACGCUUUCUCCCUCAUCGUCGACGACUCCAAAGACCUGGAGAGUUCCUUCCAGGUAUGCAACAGUUCGGAGAUCGAGAUCUUUAGAGAUCUCAAGUUCUUACACGACUUUGUCCAGAAAACCAUCUCCCUCAAAAUUUCGCACACUCUCUCGGAGCAGAUCCCCAACGACAUCACUAAAUUCCGUCACCUCAAGUAUCUAGAGCUCCACAAGGUCUGCAUAGAUCUUAUAACAGGGAUCCAAGGAGUACGAGGCCAAUUGCAGUCGAUCUCAUGCACUGGAGGUGGUGGUGUUGGCUCGAUAGGUCGUCUCCUGACAGCCUGCGGAGGUGACGCUGGUGUGGGUUUCGUUUGGCCCUCUCUAAAACGUCUCGCUCUCCCAUAUAACGGCCUGGGACGGCUCGACAAAUCGUUCGAACUAGCCCCCUGGCUGCAGACCCUUGAUCUCAGUCACAAUCUUAUCUCUUCAGCUAGCCAAAUCGACUGUCUUCCCAAUUUAAAACACGUCAAUUUCGGCUACAAUAAAUUGGAAAACGUACCCAAAUUCAAUCGAUCCACCUGCAGGACCCUGCAAACUCUCGUCCUCAAGAAUAACUACAUUGAAAAUCUCAACGGUCUUCAGGGGCUUGACUGCCUGGCGGAGCUAGAUCUUUCCUACAAUUGUCUCGCUGAUCACUCUGUUCUCUGGCCCCUCAAGACCAUGACGGCACUCCUCUCUCUCACUCUCGAGGGUAAUCCCAUCACCUACCACCAUCACCAUAGAAUCUUAACCAUUAAACACCUCAAUUCUUCACUAGCCGAAAGCAAAUUUGCUCUCGAUCACUCACCUCUUUCCAAAUCCGAGAAGCUUCUCCUCUCUGAAAACAGACUCUUCACAAUGAGAGCUGUCCCAUCACCCUCUAAAGAUGAUCUCUCUGGCUCCUUCUGCUGUUCCGUCAACUCUGAUACCAGUAACACACCAAUAAUCACUUCGAACAUGACGGAUUCCAUCAAUAGUAUGGACAAAUCCUUUGUCAAAAAAAAGAGACAGAACGUUAUGGAGGCUGUAAUUGCUGAUGAUGAAAGCAAGCUUGAGGAGCGGAUUAGUGAGAGUGUCGAGAAAUCCUACCUGGAGACAUCGAUGGACCACCUGGAGACUAAGAAAAAAAUCUUGGCAUUAAGGGAAAAAUUCGGUGGGGAGCGGUGGCUGAGUAGUGAUGCCGGGAGUUUCGUCCAAGAUAUUAUGGGAAUAGAAAGAACUGUCCGGGCACCAACUCCAGCUGAGUUAAUUCUUGAUUGUCCGAUGAUCGAGGGGGAUGGAGGAGAGGAGUCAAGUCCUACUGGUGAGAGCGUUAGAGAAGGAUCUCAAGAGGUUGCAAAUGCCCAAGAGAAGGUGGAGAAGGAGGAGGAGAGAGAUGAGGGUGGGUUUGAGGUGUCGUAUGACCCUGAGGAGGAGAAGGGCCAGCUGUUUCUCGUGCAGAAGAGGGUGAAUGAUCAGCUAGAGGAACUAUUUUUGGUGAUUACUGAAGACGAGCUUACGGAGAGAGAUUCCAUCACUGGUAAAAUCAAAUACAGGUGGUCAACAAAAAUGGUGUUGUCCUGUGUAAUGGGCCGAGGAGAGAUCCCAACCAUUGAUUUCAAUUUUGAUACCACCAGGAGGGAUAGACAAAGUAGGACGUAUUUGGUGGAGGCUGAGGAUGCUGAAAAACUCGCCAAGACUGUUAAUGAGUUGAUUAAGGCCAGACCAAUUCUACUGAAAGUCUUCAAGUGCAUGAAAUGUUCCACUCAUUUCUCCCAGGAUCCCGAUUAUUUUGUCAGUGUAUCAACGGUUCAGCCAACGAGUAUGAAGCCCCCUAUGUGCCCCUCAUGUAAGAGUACACUCGUUAUCCAAACGGACGAGAUACUCUCAUCCGAUGGGGAAAACAUCAAAGACCUCGACGAGGUUAAAUCAGACAAUCAAAAGACCAAUCAAAAAUUUCAAAUGACUAGAGAUACCGAGGAGAGUCAAUCAUCCAAUCUUAAACACUCAGCUUCACAUUCGAGUAUCGGUGGAACAGAGGGUGCUAUGGCCACUUCUAUGGCGUACUCCGACUGUCAAGCCCAAGCCCAAGUCUGCUGCUCAGCUACGAGUCUCGAGGAGUCUAGAGAGUCCACUCCUUCGGCCAGUACAGUUACGAGAAAGUACGAGAGUGACAUUGAGGUCCUCAGUAAUCCGAGUCAAAGUAGUAUCGAGGUGUUGGAUGAUGGCUCGAGGUGUACAUCAACUCCAAGCCGGAAAAGAUCGUCAGAGGAGCGAAGAAUAGCAGUUGCCCCCACCUUAUUAACAAUUCCAGAUACCACCCCUGUUAUGGCGGGUCUAACCGAGAGUAGUUCAUCAGGUUCUCUGACUGACAGCAUCUGCACUGCGUACGAAAACAGAAAUCUUCAAGUGUCCAUAGUCUCCGGAAAUUCCCAUAACAACAGAAGUGUAUCUGAGAGUGAUAGUGUGUUAAUUGGAAGUGACAAAGAGAAUAUCAAUACUCCUGUAUCGAAUUUAACGUCGAUGCUUGGAGGACUUCUUCAGAGCAUGAGAAUAGGAACCAACAAAGAUUCCACCAUGAAAUCUGACGAAGGCCCAGAUUUGUCGGCCUCCAGUGACAUCCAGUACUCGUACACUGACUUCAGAAGUCUAGACCACAGGAUAAAGCUUCACUUGAUCCUCAAUGUAUUCGAACAGGAGAACGAGGAGCUCGUACUAUUCCUCAGAUGUGACAUGCUGAUGAAAAGCCAGGUGCGCCCCUUUCCAGGUUGUCUCGUUCUAUCGACAUCUAAGAUAUACGUCCUGAGAAUAACUGGACCAGAGGGUGAGGAUCCUCAACAAUGGUUGCACAAAGACGCGAGUUGGACGAUGGACAGGCUGAGGAGUUUUGCACCUCUACCGUUCAAACAGGGUCUUCUCGUCGAACUCCAGCAACCCAAUAAAAUUGGAGACGAGUCCUCCACCAUCUCCGUGCUGUGCAUCCUUCAGGACUUUCAGAGAACCUCGAAUCUCCUUCUUUAUCUUGCAGAACUCUCACUACCUCCCAGCUGUGAACUCGAAUUCCUCGUCCCUGAGCACUGCACUGGGGCCAUCCACAGUCUAAUGGCUUCAUCAAAAUUCAAGAGAUCUGGUGAUGCUAUUAGAAUUCUGGCACUCUUCUCCUCUGCUGCUCUGCAACUUGAAAAUGAGCACGUCAAACCUAUUCGCAUUGGAGGACUCGUUGUUACUACUUCCUCGUUGAUUCUCACCGAGGAUAGUAUACAUUGGCUACUCCUAGACUCCGUCGAGACACCGCUCAUGUUAACAGAACAGGCAAUUAGCAAUUUAAUUGAAGUGAUUUUCAAUGGUGACACGUUAGUGUUGAGUUUUCUUGACGAAGUGGCCGGUGUAGAGGAGCUGUGGACUGUGAAAUUCAUUUCUAAAGGUGCAACAGAGGCAGUGAUUAACGCAAUUCAGUCACCCUGGGAGGAGCUAUUCUCAGUGCCCUUGCAAAUAACCAUCCACCCAAGCCAUCACCUUGACGAAAAUCCCUAGUAAAUUUUCUCCAACUCGUCUAUAGCAUAAUUUAUUCAAAAUAAUAUAUUGUUUACUGAUGCAUAAUUCAAUUGUCGGCCCUAGACUGACACGCCGAAAGUGUUUUUUUUGUACUGCAGACAUGUCGAAUUUUUUUUUACUCGUGCAUAUGAAUAUCGCGCAUAUGUGCGUUUUCCCAUCAGGCGAUUAAUUACGAUUGUGCGUGAGGAGAAAAUACGACUCAUUUGCGUCUGUGAUAUGUAUAUUAACCAUUGCAAUAUCAUGAUAGAUUGUACAUAAAAAAAAUAUUAUGAAUAAAAAUGUUUGGAAUAACA